UGUUGUGAAUGUGUCAAGAAUCUGUUCAGCCUCCGAGCGCUACCCCAAAUUACUGGUAUUCCUACUUUCGAGUCGUAUUUCAGAAUAUACUAUGCUCUCUUGUUGGUGUCGUUGCUAGGUCGGUAAAACCUGUCCAGUUAUGAGUAGUGAAGUAGAUUAGUAUUAUGUGGGUUUCCGAAACUGUUAUGCGUUUGCUUAUACCGUGCGCCACGAGCCUGCCGCGUGUUGGAUUGUGUCGACAUCAGUUGGAGCACUGUCCACGGUGCUGAAAGUCAAGAGUCUUACCCUAAGUGGCGAACAGAGGCAGUUGAGGCGUUCCCGGGUACAUGUAUAUGCAACUCAAAUCUUGAGAUGACGCGGAAAAGGCUGCACUUUGUAGCUGUAUGGGGAUUCUUCGCGUGGGAAAUAGCUGUGUUGCUAAGUCUGGUGGCAUCUAAAGAGCCAGAGAGUCCUCGGGGGAGAGCAGUGCAUCCUCCGUCACCCUCCGACUUCUUGGACAAACUCAUGGGGAGAACCUCUGGCUACGAUGCCAGGAUUAGACCCAACUUUAAAGGUCCUCCUGUGAACGUAUCAUGCAACAUAUUCAUCAACAGCUUUGGCUCCAUAGCUGAGACUACAAUGGACUACAGAGUGAACAUCUUCCUCCGUCAAAAGUGGAACGACCCCAGGUUAGCGUACACAGAGUACCCUGACGGUUCUCUGGACCUGGACCCCUCUAUGUUGGACUCUAUCUGGAAACCUGACUUGUUCUUCGCCAACGAGAAAGGGGCCCAUUUCCACGAAGUCACCACAGACAACAAGCUGUUAAGAAUAUUCAAGAAUGGCAACGUCCUCUAUUCUAUACGAUUGACAUUAACCCUCUCCUGUCCGAUGGACCUGAAGAACUUCCCCAUGGACGUGCAGACGUGUAUCAUGCAGCUAGAGAGCUUUGGCUACACAAUGAACGACCUGAUCUUUGAGUGGCAGGAGAAUGGACCAGUCCAGGUAGCUGAUGGGUUGACCCUCCCACAGUUCAUAAUGAAGGAUGAGACGGAUUUGAGAUACUGCACCAAGCACUAUAACACAGGGAAGUUCACGUGUAUCGAGGUGCGAUUCCACCUGGAGAGACAGAUGGGCUAUUAUCUGAUCCAGAUGUACAUCCCCAGCCUCCUCAUCGUCAUCCUCUCCUGGGUCUCCUUCUGGAUUAACAUGGACGCCGCGCCCGCCAGGGUGGCGCUGGGCAUCACCACCGUGCUCACCAUGACCACCCAGAGCUCCGGUUCUAGAACGUCUCUACCUAAGGUGUCCUAUGUGAAGGCCAUCGACAUCUGGAUGGCGGUGUGUCUGCUCUUCGUAUUCUCCGCUCUGCUCGAGUACGCCGCCGUCAACUUUGUCUCCAGGCAACACAAGGAACUCUUAAGACUCCGCCCGCGGAGAACGAAGAAGAAGGACGACGACGUGAGGGAGAGCCGCCUCAGCUUCACUGCCACGACCAGCGGUGGCGGCGUGGCGGUCAAGGACGGCACCAUCCCCAAGGCCACCAACAACGCCGCCACCACCCCGGGCGCCACAGGGCCCCAGCCCGCCCAGCAGCCUAAGAAGGACCCGGCCGCCAAGAGCCACGAAGAGAUGAGAAAGCUGUUCAUCGACCGCGCCAAGAAGAUCGACACGGUAUCGCGGGCAGGUUUCCCCCUGGCCUUCCUGUUUUUUAACAUUUUCUACUGGGUCCUGUACAAGAUUCUUCGGGCUGAGGAUGUGCACAAGGACUAGUACAGAACACUACAGUACAGUAGGGUUCAGUACAGUACAGUACAGUAGGGUACAUUACAGUACAGUACAAUGACACAUGGGGAAAGUAGACCCCGGUCCCUCCUUACAAUGUGGGAACUGUUUCACAUUAACAUUUGGCAGUUCACCAACUACCUGGGGUUCCAAAACAAAGCCCUGCCAAAGGUUUUAAAAAGAGGAUUAAGGAGAUGACUCGGGAGAUGAACUGAGUAUUUACAGAGCAGAGUUAUGUCCGUAUCACCCAACAACAACAAGAGAGGACAGACAUGGUGCUCACUAUGCAACGGGAGACCAGUUUGGAGUAUCGGACGAGUCCCACUUCACCAUCCCACACAAUGUGCAGUCAAAACAGGAGCAAUGCUUUUAUUCACCUCUGCAAACCCUCUGUCACACAUACACACACACACACACACAAACACACACACACACACACACACACACACACACACACACACACACACACACACACACACACACACACACACACACACACACACACACACACACACACACACUUGUGUCUUACAGCUUUACUGCCAAUGUUCUAUGUACAGUACAGUUUCCAUACAACACUGGUAAAGAAGUGAAAACUUCCAGUACACUCAAGUCCUUUGUAAAUUUUCCACCAGAUUAUAGUGUAUCUUUAUUAUAAACCAUCAGAUGUUUGUUAUUAUUCUCAGACAUAAAGAGAUGCCACUUUGACACAUUUCCAACUCACUAUUGUGGGUUAAAUGUCCCGUCCCUAGUGCUACUCAUCACGUACAGAAACGUAAUUAACCUCUUUGUGACUUUGUUGAGUGAUUCAACUCCCCAGGUCCACGCUCAGCACAAACUCAACUGCGGUGUUAACAUGUUUUUUUUCUCACCUUCAUUUCCUUCAUUUCCUUAUUUCCACAAAAUGACGAUUCACUGUUCGGUUCACUCGGUCGAACAAACCACUGCCGAAACACUCAAGUCAAACAGGGGGCCACCUUAAAUUACCUAGAAUCUCAACACGAGCUAACAAAGGAUCGACCAAAGAGGUAACCUACUGAGAAAAACUGAAUGAACAACAUGAAAAUAGAAUAUAAAAAGAGAGAUUUGAUACCGAUGCAGACGCCAUGAAUCCCCACUGUGAAUUUGGAAGGCUGAGGAUGUCAUUAAAGUAACUGCCAAGUUUUUUCAGAUUUCUAUUAAACAUGACCUAUAAUUUCUUACGAUAGGAGUGAAAUUGUUUUCUUUGUUUAAUGUUUUUAAUGAAGUAUGUUUUUAAAAAAAGCUGGUUUUCUGUGUUUGAAGUGUGUGGACGUACCCCAACAACAGAAUGGUGCGGGCGUAUAACAAUAUUAACUUAAGUAGACCGCUGAUCAGGGAGAUGACAUGUUCUAUGAGGAAAUGGCAAGCAUUUUUUUAAACGGUCUGUUUGAGAUACAAGUUUGAGGUGGGGUUUUUGAAGUGUUUUUCUUCUUCUCCAAUGUAUGCUUUGGUCACGUACAAGUGUAGGAUGAGCCAGCAACAUUAUAUGGAAAUGAGUUAACAGAAUAUGAACUUUUAAAAGAGAGAUUUUCACUGGGCAGUUACUUUAACAGUAUAUAGCCAUAAUACUAUACACAAUAAUACUAUACACAGCCUGAAUCAGGCCUUUCACUUCUUGGUUUACAACUUUCCUUUCAAUAUAAUCUUUAUUUGAUCAUGAAUUACCAUUGCUCUGGUGUCACUGAGCAUAUCACUCAGAAACUUGUGUUGGUCGCAGUACACAACCCUGGGGAGCACCAUCACAAUUAAGUUAUAACUGAUCUAAGUUCAGUAUCCAGAGUACCAAUAUUUGAAUAGUUACAUGUAUGGGAUAUAUGACUUUUAAAUGAAAGGAUUUCACACUCUCCAUAAGUUGGGGGGUAAAAGUGCACGUAUAAAGUUGAAGAAAGAAUUUAGAAUAGAUUGUAAUUGUUAUGUUGAAGUAACAUUUUAUUUAACUAUAUUUAAAAAAUAAUUAUAGAAAUGAGGGGUUGUUUACUUUGUACGGUAUGUUGAUAUACUGAAAUUAUUAUCAACAACAGAGCUGUAUGAACAGACAAAUUAUCAGAAUAUCGGACAAAUGGACAAUGAUUCAGUCGUAUCAUAUUCUUGUGUUUGAUCAAACCUGAUGACACACAGAGACAGUAUAAAACUACAGUGUAAAGACCUGACCCAAUUUUAAGCUGACUCAUAAUGGAGUAGACAGUAUAAUAAAUACAUUUAUGGAUACAUACAUGCAAUAUAUCAAUCUCCUCUCCUUUUUCUAGAUGGUUGAUGGGUUCUUGUACGCCAAGACUGUUGUGAUGUUUUUUGAAAGAUAUUUAAACAAAUAUUUGGUAAGGCAUUUACAGAAUUUUACACUAUUUAAAAACAACUACUGAUUAAAUCUCUGAAGAGAUACUGUGCCAUAUACUUUUGGUAGUAAAAACAUAUCUAUACUCCCACAUUCCUUCAUAAAGUGACAAAGCUUUCAUAUAGUUCUAUAGAUUUUAAUACCACUUCUCAUAUUAGUAUUUGACACAGUUAUACACAAUGUGAAGGAUGAAUUAAUAUACGUUUCAUGUACAUUUCUAUUGCAAGUGUAUUUAAAUAUUUUUUUGUACAAAAAAAUGACAGUAUUAUUAAAUGUUAGAUGCAUGAACUGAAUUCAAUGUCAAUAUAUUUAUUUUUGAACUUGUGUUCGACCUGUGUUUUAGUUGCUGCUGUGAUGAUGAGAAGAACACAUGUGCUUUUUUCCCCCCAUUAUAAUGUACAUCUGUAAAUACUUUUCAUAAAUCUAAUAAAGGUCCUUUGGAGAGAAAAAAAACGGUUGAGAAAAAAAACGGUUACAU